AUGACGUUUCGCCGACGAACAGCCAACCACACCUCUGCUCUCGUAGGGGCUAUAGUGAGCCGACAGCCAAUCACAGGCGCUCAAGACUUGGCGGUAGCCAAUAGGAUUCCUGACUGUAUACUAUCCCCGCCCAAGCAAGAUAAGCUUCGCUAUGAGAGAGAAAUGAAGAACUACAUUCCACCGAAGGGUGAGAAGCAGAGGCGAUUUAAAGAUCCCAAUGCUCCCAAGAGACCACCGUCAACAUUCUUCAUUUUCUGUGGUGACUACCGCCCUAAGAUUAAGGGGGAGAACCCAGGUCUGUCCAUCGGAGACAUUGCCAAGAAGCUUGGAGAAAUGUGGAAUAGCUCAUCGGCUGAGGUGAAGCAGCCCUAUGAGAAGAAAGCAGCAAAGCUUAAGGAGAAGUACGACAAGGAUAUUGCCCUAUACCGCACAAAGGGAAUUGCAGGCUUGUCCAAAAAAGAUGGUGGGGAGGAUGAUGAUGAGGAUGAAAAUGAAGAAGAGGAGGAGGAGGAGGAAGAAGAUGAUGAGGAGGAGGAUGAGUAGAUUAGCUACUGAUGUAGCCUAGGUUCAUGUUCAUGCCAUAAACCCAAUUGUACACGAAUCACAUCUUCAAACGUAAUACAGCAGAAGCAAGAAUUGUUAGGCUGUGUAUAUGCUACGUUUUUAAGAUUUAAGUACAGUGUUAUUCUCCUUUUGUAAAGUUAACACUAUGUGUCUUCAGUCUUCAGAUUUUUUUAAAUCUUUGUUUUCGUUAGUGGUAGUUCUUGCCAGGAACAGUUUAAGGUUUAAUUAUAUGAAUUGAACUGUUUCUCUGAAGGUGCAUAGCACAGUUAUCUGGUUUAUGUAGAUCUGUAGUGCACUAUCAUAUUAGUUUUUUUAAAUAUUUUUCGUAUUUGCCGUCAUAAGGUCCUUUAACUGUACUUUGAAUACCACUCUAAUUACAAGAAUGCAGCUUUGUUUG